UUUUGGCUCCCGGGAAAGAGUGCAGUCCUCGGGGAAAGAGGGCUUAGUUUUGCAUGUUCCCAUCCAGCGUGCGCGACGAGAACAGGGGCCCCCUUCUCCACCUCUCCUCUCCUCUUGCGUGUACGUGGAACACCUUCCACUGGUGAGCAGCCUUCCGUGCGUGUUUGUCUUGUGCUGCCGGAGCAGAAGAAGAAGAAGAAGAAGAAGCAGCGGCAGCACCUUUUUACAGGAGUGUUCUAUUUUUUUUCCCCCCAACAAGUCCUGAAGGUUUUGGACGGCGGUUCUUCGGGGAUGUGUCCACUUUGAGAGCAGCGCCACAGCACCAAUAAGUCCUUUUUUUCCCCCACGCACAUAUAGCAGAGAAAAAAAAUAGCGAACAAUUGAGUUUGUGAGCGUGUGGAUAUCUGUCUUAACUUAAGUAGAGCACUUUGAGAAUUGCUCACAUCGGACGGAGCCGAAGAGGGAGACCAGACCUGUGGACUUGUGCCGCCAGACGCUCGCCCCUUCUCGCCCUGAAGGAUACCAGCGCGCCCGGUGUGGUGGACCCUUUCCUGUACCCCCCACCUCCGCUCUUCUUCACGCAGGAGGCUCCCGCACAUUUGUCCUCAAUGUUCGGGAUUCAGGAGACGAUACCGCGGGGCGGGACCACCAUGAAGGAGGAACCGCUCGGUGGGCUCAACUCGGUCCGCUCGUGGAUGCACACGGCCGGGGUGGUGGACGCCAACACGGCCGCCCAAAGCGGAGUCGGCCUGGCCCGGGCACACUACGAGAAGCAGCCCCCUUCCAACCUCAGAAAGUCCAAUUUUUUCCACUUUGUGCUGGCCCUCUAUGACAGGCAGGGCCAGCCGGUGGAGAUCGAGAGGACUGCUUUUGUCGACUUUGUGGAGAAAGAAAAAGAGCCAACCAGUGAAAAAACUAACAAUGGGAUACAUUACAAACUACAGUUAUUGUACAGCAAUGGCGUCAGAACAGAACAGGAUCUUUACAUUCGGUUAAUCGAUUCCAUGACAAAGCAGGCCAUAGUUUAUGAGGGCCAAGACAAGAAUCCGGAAAUGUGCAGAGUUCUUCUCACUCAUGAAAUCAUGUGCAGCCGAUGCUGCGACAAGAAAAGCUGCGGCAACAGGAACGAGACCCCGUCGGACCCGGUGAUCAUCGACAGAUUCUUCCUAAAGUUCUUCCUCAAGUGCAACCAGAACUGUCUGAAGAAUGCGGGGAACCCACGAGACAUGCGCAGAUUCCAGGUUGUCGUAUCGACGACCGUCAACGUGGACGGCCACGUGUUGGCCGUCUCUGACAACAUGUUCGUACACAACAAUUCCAAGCAUGGGCGAAGGGCUCGCAGACUCGACCCUUCAGAAGGUACGCCUCCUUAUCUGGAGAAUGCAGCCACCCCGUGCAUCAAGGCUAUCAGCCCCAGCGAGGGAUGGACCACCGGAGGAGCCACCGUCAUCAUCAUAGGGGACAACUUCUUUGACGGCCUACAAGUCGUGUUCGGCACCAUGCUCGUAUGGAGCGAGCUGAUAACUCCCCACGCUAUCCGCGUCCAGACUCCACCUCGGCACAUUCCCGGCGUUGUGGAAGUCACGCUGUCCUACAAGUCCAAGCAGUUCUGCAAAGGUGCCCCUGGGAGAUUUGUCUACACUGCCCUGAACGAGCCCACCAUCGACUACGGCUUCCAGAGGCUGCAGAAGGUCAUCCCCAGACACCCCGGCGACCCCGAAAGGUUACCAAAGGAGGUGCUACUGAAGAGGGCGGCUGACCUCGUGGAGGCCCUGUAUGGGAUGCCCCACAACAAUCAGGAGAUCAUUCUGAAGAGGGCAGCUGACAUCGCCGAGGCCUUGUACAGCGUUCCCCGCAACCACAACCAGAUCCCCUCUCUCGCCAACACAGCCUCCCACGGCAUGAUGGGAGUCAACUCCUUCAGCAGCCAGCUAGCAGUCAACGUGUCUGAGUCACAAGGGAACGACCAAGUGGGCUACAGCCGGAACACCAGCAGCGUGUCCCCCCGGGGCUACAUCUCCAGCAGCACCCCCCAGCAGUCCAGCUACAACACCGUCAGCAACAGCAUGAAUGGCUACGGCAACGCCGGCAUGAACCUGGGAGUGCCAAGCUCCCCGGGGUUCCUCAACGGAUCCUCUGCCAACUCCCCAUAUGGAAUUAAACAAAAGAGCGCCUUCGCCCCUGUGGUCCGACCCCAGGCCUCCCCACCCCCCUCCUGCACCAGCGCCAACGGCAACGGACUGCAAGGUGAGCCCCCCUCACCCCCUCAUCCUUUCCCUACGGACUACUGGUCAGAUACCGCUGCUCAGGCCUCUGUCCGGUUUGCCAUGUCCGGCCUCGUGGUCCCGCCAAUGUAAAAUGCACUUUUUCAGCACCAGUCUACUACCACUUUCACGGGACAAGCCCCCCGCCCCCCUCCGGCCCCCCCACCCCAGCACACAGCGGGUGUAUAAUGUAUAGUCGACUGCUUGUUCUCUUUUUCAAGAUGGAGGUUAAAAAAAAAAAAGUCAAAAUGACAAUGAAGGCUCUCACCGGGAAUGUUUUUUUUUUUUAUCCCUCUGGAACUUUUUUUGUGUGUUUUUUUUUUUUUUUUUUUUUCCCCACUCCCUCCCUCCUCCGGGAUGAUGAAGGGUUUAUUUUGUAUACCUGCGUUGUUGAAUACUGGAAGGGACUGACCGUUGUACAGUUGCAAAAACAAAACACUGAUGUACAGUACAGCUUUUUGCUUUCCUCCUCUUCCACUCUGUCCACACACACACACACAAAAACACACACACAAACACACACAAACACACAACAGUGUGCAUCUUUAUAAUGUGACUUUUUUUUUGUAUUUUCAAAGUGUGCGGGGACGGACGAGCACACAACAGGUGGGGGGGGGCGAGACAGUUUGAAGUGAAAUGAUAAGAGAUCUACAGUACAGUAUAAAGGACGGGAAUGGAGCGUAAAUAAGGUGGGGGGGCGGGCGUAUAUCAUGUUUCAUUCCUGCAUUUUAACUUAAAUUUUGUAAUUUAUUGUAGCUAGGAAAAUCAUCUUGACGGAAAAAAAAAUAAAAUAAAAAUAAAACAAAACUCCUGUCGGACUGAAGAAGCACACCGAUGUGUCGAACCCCACGGCCGUGUUGAUGAAUAUGAUGAUGUACUUCCAUGUCUAGAGCUUCCUUUUAUUAAGCAAGUGUGUUUUGCCAUGUUUUUUUCCAACUCUUUUGCUAGCACUGUAUAUUAAUGCAUUCCUAGGCUACUGUGAAGUCUGUUUCUUGUUGAUGAGGAGCAGCCUCCCUCCUUCUAUAGCUCCGACUUCCCUUAUGUGUUUUAUAUGUGGUUUCAACAAACAAAACAACUAAAAAAAAAAAACAAUUGUAGACUAUUGUGAUAUUGCCAAACUUGUGCUAAAUAUUUAUACAUCUGUCUUUUUCAUGUUCUUUUAGAUCAACACUAAGAAAAAUGUUGCAAAAAAAAAAAACAAACAAAAAAAAACCGAAGGAAUCCAUUGAGAAUGUAGGCGUGCAGUAGUUCCAUUGUCAUAUUUCUGUUCCAACACACACUUGCGCUCACUGAGGGAAAUUUUGUAACAUAUCAACUAUAAAUAAUGUAUUUAUCUGGGAAAAAUUUUGUAUAUUGCUUUUCAUUAUGUAUGUAUUAAUCGUCAUGCCCUUAAUAUAGUGAUGCAGCACAGAUAAUUCAGCCAAGAAAUGUUGCCUUCAUUUCUCUUUUGGUUUUUGUAUGGAUGCGAUGCAACGUGCGUAUAUUUCACCUGUAUUCGCCACAAACUUGUGUUACUCGUAAAGACUCUCGUCCAACUUUACUUUCUAUCUUGUUUUUUUUUUUUUUUUUUUUUUUAAAGGGGAAGUCAAACUUCAUUGUUUAUUUUUAUAUUGAUUUUAAAUUAUCUAUACAGACCAUUUUGGAGAAAACUUUGUUGGUUGUAUUGUCAAAUAAAUUGUUUGUGACCCAUAUGAUAGUUGUUAAGAUCCAAUAGAGACUAAUGUGCAUGAGGGACAACCUUGGAGAUAUAUAAAAAAAACAAACAAAAAAAAAAAAAACAAGAGAAAAAGCAACAAAUCAACACUCCAUUUGUGGUUGUAUUAUUUUCUGUUUUGUAGAAUGUAAAGAAGUCAUUUUUACUCGCCACUUAUGACUCCUAUGCCACAUAGCUUACACGUGUUUACAGGGGAGAACAAUUAAAAACAUUUGGAAUGGAAAGAGACAUCAUGUUGUUCCUAAAGCUGUGACUCCUGCUCCUCAAUGAUGACUCGGGUCCCGAGACCAGACCAUAGACCAUCGGGUCUGCAACGCAGAUCUCAAAGUCAAAUUGGGCCCCGCCAUAUCAUUUUAUGUGGCCAGUAAUUAUAAAAUAUUUUUAAAAUUAGUUUAAUAUGUAUAAAAUAUUUUUAUAUAUUUUAUUAAUAACAUGCCUUAUUUUUUAUAUUUAUUAUAUAACAAAAUUAUUUAUAUAUUUAAUUUUUUAAUCAUAUUUAAAUUAAGUAAAAAUAAAAAAAUGUGCUUUUAAAAAUCAAAGUUUUUUCUGUCAAAGCCAAUUUAAAAAUGUAAUAUGAAGAAUAAAUAAAUAAAUAAUAAUGAAUUACUGAAUAUUAAUUAAUUAUUAUCAUAAGAACGAUCCAAGUUGUAUACUAAAAUUUGGCACCGAAUGUUGCUAAACGUGUCGUAAUGUGACCAGGCUAUGCUAAGCUAAUAUGAUGGCGGCCUUCUGGGGCCCAACCAAAAGGCAAUGCGGCCCACGGGGGCCCCCGGUCUACGAGGAGGAGACCAGACCAGAUUUAAACUUUUAAGAAAAGUCCAAAUGAAAAAACAUCCAAAGUAACUACUAAUAUUAUUUCUACUAUGUUACAACUAUGCUCAUUGUGCGUAUGCUAGCUUGUUGACAUUAUCUAUACGUGGCUAAUGUUCCUAGCUUGUUGACAUUAGCCACAUUUAAAUGAGGAGUUUUUCUCUUUCCGAAUGACCUUUCCGAAAACAAUGGUAUCCAUGGAAAGGAAUAUUCCAAUCUCUUGUCUACAUGCGGCGCUAUAAACCAACAGAAUAGUCAAUGGGGCAUGCCCAGUAAAACGUAAACAUCAACAUCACGUGAUACCGACUUUGCCGAGUUUUUCGUCCACUUGUUGGAAUAACUCCGUAUAGCCAGUUUUUCGUUCGUUCCAGUCUUGAAAUUUAGUUUGAAUCAAAAACAAACUUUGCUUAGCAGUACAGUGCCGAUUGCGAGCCUCCAUUUUUAAAACCGAAGAAGUUCUCGAGUUGCGUGUUACGUCAUAAAGAACGCACCCGGGAUAAAUGUAAACAGGAAAAGAUCAAAUUCAAUCUUGCUAAUAUUUUAUAAUUAAACUCGGGACAUGUUUUAUAUAAAUAUAUAUUUGAUUUUUAUAAAUAAAGUAUAGAAGUGUUUAGAUUCUGUUCCACAAAUGGCGCUAAUGCGCACGAAAGCUGCUUGCCAACCUCCAAUAAACAACAGAAGAAGAAAAACACAAGAAGAACAACUUUCCGUUUGAGCGGGUACAAGAUACCUCAAUCGGAUUGGAAAAAGGAAUAUUCCACCCCCGGGAAUCUGAUUAUAUAUUAAUUGGGAUUGGCACUUUUCUUUGGGAAUGAGGCGUAUACAAAAGGUUAGAUUCUUUCCGUUUGAGCAAAUAAACCGAAUGCAAUUGGAAUAUCUGUGUCCAUGUAUACGUGGAUAAUGUAAACUGAUCCUGGACGGCGCUACUAAGUCAUUUUUAGUCAUGGCUUUUGAGUCUUCCGUAUAGAUGAGUGACUGGUGAGAAAUUGAAAAAAAAAACAUUAGAAAUGUCACUUCCCGAGAUGCUUUUACUCGUGAAAACGUCAUUUUUUUUCACGAAGUCAUGUUGACACGGGAGACGACACCAAAUGUGGAACGGGAAGAGAAACGUUCCUGACGUCAGCUGUUGAGAUGCUGUUAUUCCAGCUCCGACAUAGUGAAGUCUAAGUCGUUUUUACUCAGAACUUCUGCGUUCCAUGUGUUUCCAGGGAAGAACAUUUGGAAUAAAAAAGAAUAAUUCCGCUUAUGGCGCCGCCGUACAUGUAGCAUAUAGUCCAUGUUUACAAAAAAUGUUCCUAAUGUCACCUUUUACUCCGCCUCUUGACAUUGCCAGCUCCUCCUGUACUGCACUUGAAAGCAUCAUUGUAGUCAUUCAUAAACGGCCUUUUUUUUUUUAAUUCAAACGAG